UUCCGGUGGACUAUCUAUCAAAAAUUUCAGUAUGUAACUAGAUUUAACUGACCAAUUGAUCUGCUCCUGCACUUGCACUUUGCACUUCCCAAAUUUGACAUGCCUGUGUGCAGGGGCCACUAAUAGUAGCCGUAUAAUGUUGUUGAAUGUCAAGUUAACUAGAGUUAUACACGAGUUUAGAGAUAUACACGAGGAAUAGCAAGUGAAACGAUAUUUCGAAUAUUAUACAAUUAUUCUUUAUUUAUUUUGCGUAAGAACAUUUCAACAAAAGAUGUUACGAUUGUUGUCAAGAAAAUUCAACAUAUAGCAACAUAAUUUCUGUCGAGAAAGAAUAUGGAUAUCGCCAGUCCUACUCCUCAAGAUCUACAGAGAAAACUUUACUUUCUGGUGGAACAAUUGCAGCACAUGGCUGGAGAAUUGCCACCAAAGUAUCAGAUGCGAUUACCGUAUGAAUUAUUGUCCGGUUUGGCAAACUCCUUGUUAAACGAUACUAUCUUUGAGAUAGUUAAAGGAUUGAUGGAGAUACAACAUGUCACUGAGAAACAUCUCUUCCAACAGCGACUUCAGCUUUUGAAUCAACAGAAAAUUGAAUGUCAGGAAGCAUUAUCAGCAACAAUGACAGAUGAAGAAUUGACCUCGAUAAAGGCAGCACUGCAUAAGAAGCACAAGGAAGAGUUAAAGCAGAUGGAUAUGAAAUUGGUAUUACAAUUAGAUCAAAAGGUUGCUGACCAGCAAAGUACAUUGGAAAAGGCUGGUGUACCUGGAUUCUAUGUAACAAAUAAUCCAGUAGAAAUUCAAGUGCAAAUGAGACUAUGUGACUUUAUAAUUAGACUCAGUAAGAUGGAUGUACCAACGUGAUAUAAAUAUAAAAUUUUCUUUUAUGUUUA